CCGCCAUGAGGUAGUUGCCUGUCUGUCCUCGCCACGAGAUUACUUAUUCUUCUUUUGCUAUCUCCAAGCUCGUCUUUUAUCGUGCUAAUCUCACCACUCCUCCCGCCCCUCCAGAUCCGCCGUUUUACCAGAUUUUCCUUCUUUGUCCCCGCUUCCGAAUCGGUCAUCCUCUCCUGUGACUCUCUAUCCUCCCAGCUUCCCACAGCCUUCCAAGUCUGAAGAACAGUCCAAUAUGGUCCGGAACAUCGUUGUUAUCGGGGGCACUUCCCACCCGCAAUUGACUCAGACCAUCUGCAACGUGUUGGGCAUCCCGCCGGCAGAUGUUCUGCUGUCGAAAUUCUCCGUGGGUGAGACCCGAGUGGAGAUCAAGGAGUCUGUCCGUGGAAAGGAUGUCUAUAUCAUUCAGUCCGGUGGUGGAAAGGUAAAUGAUCUCCUCAUGGAGCUUCUGAUUACCAUCUCGGCUUGCAAGACCGCCUCCGCCAAGAGAGUCACUGCGGUCCUCCCGCUUUUCCCGUACUCGCGUCAGAGUGACAUUCCCUACAACAAGACCGGAGCUCCUUUGGUCAAGUCAUCCCUUGCGGGGAGGCAAGGCAAUAACUACACCUUUGAAAGUACCCCGCCUACCCCACUUCCUGGGAAGUCCGAAACUGGAGGUCUUCUGAACGGUCUGAACGGCGUCGAUAACCUGCAGAAAAGCCUGGCCAAGGCUCAAUUGGAAGAUAUCAGCAAUGGCAGCCCUGUGAAGAAGCAACGCCCGGUCAAUGGUCUUCCCCGCAGCGAUACCAUGGAGUCCCUGCAGUCUGAAGGUAACAGGUUCGCACUCAACGGUGCCGACGAGAAAAUCAACAACUUCCAACCCCGCCCCGGCUACAAGCAGUGGGUGGCUCAGGCCGGUACCUUGGUCGCGGACCUGCUCACCUGCGCUGGUGCAGACCACAUUAUCACCAUGGAUCUCCAUGACCCUCAGUACCAGGGAUUCUUCGACAUUCCGGUUGACAACCUGUACGGCCGCCCACUCCUCAAGAGCUACAUCCAGCGGAACAUCCCCAACUACAAGCAGGCCGUGAUCGUCAGUCCCGAUGCUGGUGGCGCGAAGCGUGCUACGGCGAUUGCCGAUGGUAUGGGUGUAGAAUUCGCCCUUAUCCACAAGGAACGUCGUCCUACCCGCAUAACGGAUCGACAGAACGCUACCAUGAUGCUGGUGGGAGAUGUUAAGGAUCGGACGGCGAUCCUGAUUGACGACCUGGCGGACACGUCGAACACCAUUACCCGAGCGGCGAAGCUCCUCAAGAAGGAAGGAGCUGCGCAGGUUUAUGCUCUGGUCACCCACGGAAUAUUGAGUGGAGAUGCCAUUGAUCGGAUCAAUGCUAGCGCACUCGAUAAGGUGGUGGUUACAAACAGCGUUGACCAGGCAGACCACUUGCGCAGAUGCCCCAAGUUGGAGGUUUUGGAAGUCGGUCACGUUUUCGCUGAGGCUAUCCGCCGUGUCCACCACGGUGAGAGUAUCAGUACUCUUUUCCAGUACGACUAACCAACCAAAUCAUUGAUUUUUUUGCAUGCGACUUUUCUUUCCCAUGGCAGGGAUAGAUGACACCUUUUGAAAAAGGAGUGACGAAUUGAGGUUAUAUCUUGAUGAAUUUUCUUUAUAUUGUCUUUGACAUUUGCUAUACUACUUUGGUUUCCAUAAGC